AUGCCCGUCCAGCCAGACACUACGCCCUUCGGCAUCGUCGAUUUCUCCCAAGAAGCGAAAUGGCUGUUUAUGACUGAAUCAGUCACCGAGCUCCUCGGCUACGAACCGCACGAGCUCAUCGGCCGUCCCUCCCUCGAGCUCGUGCACCCCGACGAGUUCCCGCGCGUCCGGCAGCUCCAUUACGAUACAAUCCAGCAGGACAAAGCAGCCGUCCUCGUCUACCUCCGCAUGAAACACAAGGACAGAUGUAAAGGCUACGUCCUCUGUGGCGUUAACAGUAGUCCACAACGUCCUCGUCGGCAGCGUGUCAUUCGCCAGCCCCGGCGCUAA